AUGCAAGGGGGAAAAUUAUUGUCACACAAUCUGCAGCAUGCUUUGUUUGAAAGAAAUUUGUGCAAGUGCCUUAUUUGGAUUUUCUUUUUUCUUUCUUUUUCAUUCAAGCUACAAGAGACAGUAAAGAGGAAGUUGGAAGGUGCUCGCUCGCCCCUCAAUGGAGAACAGCAAAAUGGUGUCUGUGAUGGUAGCUUCUCCCCAACCAGCAAGAGGAUACGGAAGGAUGUACCAGGAAUUGAUGCAAUCAACAGCUUGCCCAAUAACUUGCCUAUACCUUCUGUUUCUCCUCUUCACCAGCUUGACAUGAAGCCUUCUUUACCCCUGCAGAACAGUGGGACACAUCCUACUGGGCUGGAAGACUUAGGUAAAAAUGGCGGACUUCCAGAGAUAAAGCUGCCAGUUAAUGGUUGCAGUGAAAUUGAGGAAAGUUUUAACAUCCUGCAAAAUAAGGAGCUAAAACAAGAACCUUUGGAUGACCCUACAUGCAUAGACACUUCUGAAACCUCCCUUUCAAAUCAAAAUAAACUCUUCUCAGACAUUAAUCUGAAUGAUCAAGAGUGGCAGGAGCUAAUAGAUGAGCUAGCCAACACUGUUCCAGAGGAUGAUAUACAAGAUUUGUUUAAUGAAGACUUUGAAGAGAAGAAGGAACCAGAAUUUCCCAGGCCUGCCACUGAGAUUCAAGAGAGUGCAAGCAUUAAAAGCGAUCCGUCUCAUUCUCCAUUUGCUCAUGUACCUCUGGGAUCUCCCCAGGUGAGGCCUUCUUCUUCAGGUCCUCCAUUUUCAAAUGUCUCCACAGCUUCUAGUAUACCUUCUGUUUCCAGUGCUCCUGCAGCUCCAGUCCCUGCCAGCUCACCAGCAAAUUGUGUUGUUCAGUCACCCCAAACUCCCAACCAGGCCCAUACUCCAGGCCAGUCUCAGUCACGAUCUGGAAAUGGUUACCUUAUGAAUCCAGCAGCUGUAACAGUGGCGGGUGCAGGGCCUGGUCCUGUGACUAUACCCAGUGCUGACUUAUCUCCAGCUGAACAGCUGAAACAAAUGGCAGCACAGCAGCAACAAAGAGCUAAACUCAUGCAGCAAAAGCAGCAACAGCAACAGCAGCAACAUCCAAAUCAAGCAUCAAGCUGGUCACCUGUUGGGCCUCCAUCUAGUCCGUACGGAGGGCCCUUCAGUGCAGACAAACCAAAUAGUCCAAUGAUGUAUCCCCAAGCCUUUAACAACCAAAACCCAAUAGUGCCUCCUAUGGCAAACAAUCCACAGAAGACCACAAUGAAUAACUACCUCCCUCAAAAUCACAUAAAUAUGAUCAGUCAGCAGCCAAAUAACUUGGGUACAAACUCCCUAAGCAAACAGCCCAAUAUGCUUACUUAUGGCAACACUAAACCUCUGACUCAUUUCAAUGCUGAGUUGAGUCAGAGAAUGACUCCACCCAUGGCCAAUCCCAACAAGAACCCCAUGAUGCCAUACAUACAGCCACAGUCCCAGCAGCCACAGAUGCAAGCUCAGAUGGCGCACCUGAGUGAGGAACAGAAGCGCAUGCUUAUCAUGAAGCAGAAAGGAAUGAUGACUCAACCAAUGGCAUAUGCAACACUUCCCUCCCUUAGUCAGGAGCAGCACCAGGUGGGACUGUCUCGGACCACAGGCCCUAUGCAGCCUUCUAUACCACCAGGGUCCAGCAAUGUGGUCACAGGUACAAGCCCUGGAGGUCCCAGUUUCCUGGGGAACCAGCCACAAGCAGCCAUCAUGAAGCAGAUGCUGAUCGAGCAAAGGGCCCAGCUCCACGUGAUAGAACAACAGAAGCAACAGUUUCUACGGGAGCAAAGGCAGCAGCAGCAGAUCUUGGCAGAGCAGCAGUUACAGCAGCAGUCGCAUUUGCCUCGACAGCACCUCCAGCAGCAGCGAACUCCAUAUCCAGUGCAACAGGUCAACCAGUUCCAAGGUUCUCCCCAGGAUAUAGCAGCUGUGAGAAACCAGGCAGCGCUUCAGAGCAUGAGGACCUCCCGAAUGAUGGCCCAGAGUGCAGGCAUGAUGGCAAUGGCACCUUCUCAGAACCCUGGCACAAUGUCUACUGCAGCGGGUCAGUCCGAGAUGGGAAUGGCUCCUUACAGCAACACAUCUACCAGCCAAACGGGAAUGUACAGUAUGAGCACAGGGAUGAGCCAAAUGUUGCAGCACCCAAACCAAAGUGGCAUGAACAUGGCACACAAUGCAGGCCAGGGACCAAGGCAGCCUGUCUCUGGACAAGGGGUCGGAAUGAUCAGUAGUUUUGGUCAAAAUAUGCUGGUGAACUCUGCUAUUCCUCAACAUCAACAGCAGAUGAAAGGACCUGUGGGCCAGAUCUUACCUCGGCCACAGGCACCAAGACUUCAAAACAUAAUGGGAACUGUUCCACAAGGAACACAAAACUGGCAGCAACGAGGACUACAAGGUAUCCCUGGAAGGACUACCAGUGAAAUGGGGCCAUUCAACAAUGGCACAACAUAUCCAAUGCAGCCUGGGCAGCCAAGGCUGCCCAAGCAGCAUUUUCCACAGGGAAUUAACCAGUCAGUUGUGGACACUACUGGGACAGUAAGAACCCUGAACCCAGCAAUGGGAAGACAAAUGCUGCAAUCACUGCCUGGGCAACAAGGAACCAGUCAGGCAAGGCCAAUGGUUAUGCCUGCCAUUAGCCAAGGGGUUCCCACUAUGUCUGGUUUCAGUCAGCCUUCUGCACAGCAGAUGCCAGGUGGUAACUUUGCUCAGAGCAGCCAAGGCCAGGCUUACGAGAGGAAUCCCACUCAGGACAUGUUGUACAAUUACAGUGGCGAAGGAGCAGGGGGCUCCUUCUCAAGCCUAGCGGAGGGUGCAGACCUUGUGGACUCUAUCAUUAAGGGUGGACCAGGGGACGAGUGGAUGCAAGAACUCGAUGAGCUGUUUGGAAACCCCUAGGGAAUGGGCGUGCAGUUUUAAAACUUUGAUUGUUAAUUUAAAAAAGAGGAAAGAAGGAAAACGGGAUGUCGCCCCAUCUACAGGGGGUUGUUUUUUUUAAUCUGUGCAAACCGAGCUGAUCCGCAGCUAGCUGUGGGAGAGUCAGGCAGUGAUUAAAAAAACAUUGACGUGUCGAUAUCACAAAACUUCCACACAGCAAUUGCCACUGCACGGCAGUGCCUGCUGCACAUGUGUACGUGAGGGAAGGUUGGGGUGGGGCGGAGGGACAAAAAAGCAGCUGCUCUCUAUAGAUGAGGAAAGCCAGUGGUCCCCCUGCAGCAAGGCACUGUUGCAUAGUGAUGUAGUGUUCUUCCACCCUGUUGUGCUGUAAUCACUGCAACUUUCAGGGCACAGGAAGAGCCAGGUCCUUGGUCUAGGAGUAGAAACUAAGGAAGUUGGCAGGUCACAGCACAGGCCAGGUCAGAAAAGUGAACUGAUCUCUGGACUGAAGCCGAGAGCAGACAGUGAGGUGUUCUGCUCUCUUUGGUUUGAUACAGAGCAAGGACCAUGACACCUGCUCCAGGUGAUGGUAAGAAAAUGUGCGGAAGGGGUUGCCAUUUUCACUGUAGAGUGAUAAAACAAUUAAUAUAAAAGCUUAGCAAAACAUAAAUCUGGCAAUACGUAGGGAAGGACGGUUUGAUUACAGGACUGUCACAGGAGGCUAGCAAAGAUAGCCACUACUUAGGUGGGUAAGUUAACUCACUGAGCUAUGAAGUCUCCUUUCAGGCUUAGAACAUUGCUUCUUUAUCAGAACACAGCUCUGCUGCCAAAACAGCCGAGAAAGGUGUGAAAUACAAACAGACUACAGCGGAGAUCUCUGUAGCUUCAGCUGAACCCCUUUUUUAAUUCUUCCUCCUCAGUUUACUCAUGAUUCAAAUGAUUUUUUUCCUCACCAGUGAAGGAAAACUACACAGCUGCAACACAAGCUAAGCCCACUGCACUUGGUCUUUUUUUUUCAGCUGAAAAAUAGCCACCACAAUUGGGGUUGGAGGUCAAAGGGUGGUGAGGGGAGCAGAAAAGGAUGCCAGGCCUCAGAAAAUUAAAAUGCAUAACUGGGUUUUGAAACUCUGAAUGAAUAUCUCCCCUUCUGAACUUGCAAGAUUAGUGGGUAUUAUUAGUCUGGGGCUGGGAUGCCUGGACUGUUGAUUUGACAUUACAUGCAGCCUGCUUUUCUGUCUUAAACAGAUGUUCAGUUUAAUCUCCCUGGUUUGCUGGGGUGAAUUCACUGGAGUGCCUGAAAAGCAGGGAUCAAGAAAAGACUGCUGUAAUGAUUGUCUGCAGAGGGGCAACUGAUUGCACUGGUGAUCACAAACACGGGAUCUACCCAAAUAAGUUUUUAAGGCAAUAGUAACCUAUCACCUGAGAGAGUUAAUGUGGACCUGGUCUGAGUGUGUAACAAACUAUGAUGUUUUUCAGAAAGUUGCUUUUAAAAUAAUAAAACCCAGCCAUUUGGGAUGUCUAAAACUAGUCUUUGUGAGCCACAAUGUGUGCUGUAGUGAAAGCUGAUUAAAUCAUCCAAACCUACCAAUUGGUUUGUCCUCAGCUGCUUGGCUUAGGUCCAGUGAUGUGAAGUGCUGAGCCAUUCAAGUCAAUGGGAGCUGAGGGUGCAUAGUACCUCUCAGUGCUUUGUGAUGAGCGCUUUGUUUUUAUGUGGAUCCCUAAUAUGAACAGGAGCAGUGAAUGGGGGAAAAAUGGAUCUCUUGUUCCCCUAGUGCCCUGCUACUUGUUCACUCUUGUGCAGUAAGUAAGUAACUCUUUGAAUGGCUUACCUAGAUGAGAGGGGAAAGGUGUUUUUAAAUGCUGCUGUGUAUACAGGGCAGGCUCUGUGUUUAGCAUGGGAUAGCUGGUCAUGAUGAACUUCCAACUCACCUGUGGAAAAGCGCAGCUUGCUUUUUUCAGCACUGGUGUUUGAAAAUGCAUUAGUGAACGUGUUUUAGCUAAUACAC